CUCCUCACUCUUAUCUCCGUGACCCCUUGCCAAACCGCACAAAACUCGUCAUCGCAAGCCUCGAGCCCCACAGAGGGACAAGCAGAGAUGAUCUCGGCAUUCUUCAUCUUCAACCAGAAGGGCGAGGUCCUCAUCUCGCGACUGUUCCGGGCCGACGUCAAGCGCUCUAUCUCAGACGUGUUCCGCAUCCAGGUCGUGUCUAACGCCGACGUGCGCUCGCCCAUUAUCACGCUCGGCUCAACGUCGUUCUUCCAUGUGCGCAUCAACAAUGUGUUCGUCGUCGCCGUGACCAAGUGCAACGCGUCCGCGGCUCUCGUGUUCGAGUUCCUGUACCGAUUCAUCACCAUCUCGCGCUCGUACUUUGGUAAACUGGACGAGGAGAGCGUCAAGAACAACUUUGUGCUGAUCUACGAAUUGCUCGAUGAGAUCAUGGACUUUGGAUACCCCCAGAACUCGGAGAUUGACACGCUCAAGAUGUACAUUGCGACCGAGGGCAUUAAGUCGGAGAUGGCGGUGCGCGAGGACUCGUCCAAGAUUACGAUCCAGGCGACUGGUGCGACGUCUUGGCGCCGCGCAGACGUCAAGUACCGCAAGAACGAGGCUUUCGUCGACGUUAUCGAGACGGUCAACAUGCUCAUGAGCAAGGACGGUGCUGUGCUCCGUGCCGACGUCGACGGCCAGAUCCUCAUGAGAGCAUACCUCAGCGGCAUGCCCGAGUGCAAGUUUGGCCUGAACGACAAGCUCGUGCUCGACGCCAAGCGCGGCGACUCGACGACCAAGUCGGACAGCGCGGUCGAGCUCGACGACUGCCAGUUCCACCAGUGUGUGCGACUCGGCAAGUUUGACUCGGACAGGUCCAUUAGCUUCAUUCCCCCCGAUGGCGAGUUCGAGUUGAUGCGUUACCGCUCUACAACCAACAUCAACCUGCCGUUCCGACUCCAGACGCACGUCACCGACCCCACAAAGUCGCGCGUCGAGUACACGAUCCACCUGCGCGCAAGUUUCGACUCGAAGCUCAACGCCAACAAUGUCGUCGUGCGCAUCCCCACGCCUCUCAACACGACCAAGGUCGAGGCCAAGGUCGCGGUCGGCAAGGCAAAAUACCAGCCCGCCGACAACUUUAUCGUGUGGAAGAUCCCCAGGAUACAGGGCCAGCAGGAGUGUACCCUCACGGCCGAGGCCGACCUGGCCAUGACGACGCACCGCCAGCCGUGGUCGCGUCCCCCUAUUGAGGUCGACUUUUCCGUCGUCAUGUUCACGGCGUCUGGCCUGCUCGUGCGCUUCCUCAAGGUGUUUGAGAAGAGCGGAUACCAGAGUGUCAAGUGGGUGCGAUACCUUUCCAAGGCGAAUGGCACGUACCAAAUUAGGUUCUAG